UUAAAGUAAUGUCUUUUCCUGGUGUAAGCUCCGCUGGAACUCGGUGGGUAUUUAAUUGUGUGAUGUUGUUAUACAGAUAUCUACCCAUGGCCAGGCUACCUGUGUUUGUUACUACCGGUUUGGGUAGACGCUAAUUAUUUCACUUAUUCGGGGACGUAACAUGCCGACUUCACGUCAGCAGAGAUACACAUGCCAAAUAUCAAUAGGGAGUACCCGUAAACCCCCGGGGGAGGAGAACAUAACCCCCGGGCAAGACAGUGCUCAACCUCCUGAUGUAGUCAUGGACUCGGAAAAGAAAUUAAAACAGUCAACUGAAGAUAUGGACCCAGUUAGAACAGAAGACGUAGGAACACGUCUAAAGGAUACACAGCGGGCAGACGUAGACACUUCCAAUCCAGUCUCUCCUAAACUCAGACAAUCCUAUUUAAAUUUCUUUAAGGAAGCUGACACGUCCGGUAUUGGUCAGAUAACUGUCCACCAGUUCAGAGACGCAGUGGUCAAGGUUGGAUUUAAGGGGACAUCUUUCCAAGUUGCCGGGAUGUUUGCAGAUCUGAACCCGAACGAUGACCUUAUCGUUACGUUGGAGGCGUUCAUGACGGAGAUGUGUAAAGUGGACAGUAGAAAGAGGACUCAAAAAGACAUAGAGGACAUUUUUCAUCUCCUUGAUGUGGACAAUGAUGGCCUGAUUACAAAUAAGGAUAUCGCGACGUCAUUAGAACGACAAAACAAGUUCAAACUUGAUGACACUAUCCAACGAAUGAUCCUCAAAUACGAUUUCGACUGUGACGGCGCGCUCUCUCUUGAAGACUUUUUGAAGGGGUGUCAACGCGAUCAACGGAAGUGACAUAUGCUGCUUCCGGAAGUAUGGACUUGCGAGUGCAAAGCUGUAAAGUGCCUUGAUUCAGUGUACUGGACAGAUGGGCGUUAUUGACUACUCAGUAGUCGGACUCCUGCGUUGUGUGUGUUCUGUACACUGGAGCAUUGUGUGAGUGUAUACAUGUAACUGCAUGUAAAAAAGUAACGAACGGAAACCAUAAUGUGUCCUAAAAAUGAUUCCGUCAUUUAUCAGUGUGUUACACGUUUGGUUCACCAUUAUAAAUAUUAUACACAAUCUAUCACCAUGCUGGUAGUGUCCUCAAGACAAAUGGUUGUUAAUCUUAUUACGCACGUGCGUUUAUGUUGGUGACGUCUUUUGAUUAUACAUUAACACCAAUCAUCAUAAUUUACUGUAAUAUCUUUCACUGCGUAUGGGUUUGUGAAAUGUAGGUUUCUAAUAUAUAUAUAUGAGGAUACAUGUGCUUAAACAAAUGGACCGCUGGCCUGCACCCAGACAGUUAUCCCGGAGAGUACGCUGACGAGUUGUCUUUCUUUGAACAUAUGUGUCAUGAUACAUUGGUGUGGAUGUUUGGAUUUCCCUGUUCCACUUUAUUUUAGGACGAAGCACCCUGCUCAAUUUCUUUGAAUGUGUGACCCAAAAGCGGAAGUUCGAUUUUUGUGGUCGCACAAACUACUAUGCAUCUAUUUUCGAUUUCCUGUCUUCUAUCUGUCUAGCAGCAACCCAUAUAUAUAUAUAAUUGUCUAAACGUUAUGUCGGCUGUUGUGUUUGUCUACAAUACAGCGCUUUAAACAUUCAUUUACCCAUUUUAGACUAUAUAUACAAUGUUUAUGGAAAUCAAGCUUUGUCCAUCCUAACCGAAUCGUGUGUAAUUUAAGAUAUGCAUUACUGAUGAUAAAGAAAUGCCGGUGUAAUACUUAGUUUUAAGAACUUAUAUUUAAAAUGAAGUUUUAUCUACGAUGUACUUGAUAUUUCACAGGCUAAAAUAACAGAUAUGUGUUAUUUGUUUCUAUACUCUGGAUUAACUCCGAACCAAAGGAGCGCAUGGGUAGCGUGGUCCUGACUUGAAUGAAACCAUGAGGAUGAAAUUAUACCAAGAUAAAGAUAAUAAAUUUCGUUUGUUUACAGGGAGUAAGCCCUUAUUUCGUCCUUGACUCACCUCUAAUGCAUAUGUCUUGCAUGCGACAAACGCAAACACAACGUAUUUUUCUUUGCAUAAUUAUUAUUUCAUUCAUACUAAUAUACCAAUAACAAAAAUACUGUAAAACACGGAUAAAGAGUAUAUGUUAUUGUUUACCAGGUAAAACACAGCUCGAGUCUCAAAUCAAGAAUCUCAAAUCAAAAUAAAAUAAAAUGAAAAUUUAAAAUA